GUUUGUAGUUUUCAGAGUUUAAUCUUUUAAAGUUGAUUUCUGUUGAGAUGAAAUCAUAACAUGCUGCUCUCUGCUGUGGAGCGGCUCGUGUCCGCCAUGUUGGAGGAGUUUAAACUAACGGCGGGAACUGAAAUCUGCCGAAAACUCAAAGAAGAAGAAGAGACUGAGGAGGAAGUCCUGGCUGAGAUGAGGAGACUCAGUGAGUCUCUGCUGCAGGAGCUGCGGAGGCUGCUGGAGGAGAAACCCAGUCAACAUUUAAAGGAUGCUGCACUCGAGCCUCAGCAGGACUCCGCCCCCCCUGCAGCUGAAGGAGACCCUCAGGUGGAGGCAAGCCACCAAUCAGAUGCCCCGCCAGGUGAAAGCAGCCAAUCAGAGCAGCCCCCUACAGCGUGCAGCAGACGGACCUUCAGCUGCCCCGACUGCGGGAAAGCUUUCUCCGCCCGCAGCAGCGUGCGCGUGCACCAGCUCACCGUGCACGCCAAGCAGCGGCCGCACGGUUGCUCCCACUGCGGGAAGGUGUUCGGCACACGCAGCCAUCUGCGCACGCACCAGACGUCCGGCCGCGGCCACACGCUCACCUGCUCCGCCUGCGGCGAGACGCUGGCAGCCAGGUGCGUCCUCCUCCAGCACAGACUCACCUGUCAGAAGACGGACGGGGGCUUCAGGUGUGCAGAGUGUGGGAAGGAGUUCUCCAAACUAAGCUGCCUGUCUGCCCACCGGAGAGUCCACCUGAAGGUCAAACCCUUCAAAUGUCCCGCGUGUGACAAAGGCUUCACCACACGCCGCAGCGUGCACGUCCACCAGCUGACCGUGCACGGAGGCCUGCGUCCGUUCAGCUGCAGCGUCUGUAAGAAGACCUUCAGCCAGCGCGGCGGCCUCCGCGCUCACCUGCGGACGCACACGGGUGAGCGGGGCCACGCCUGCGAGCAGUGCGGGAAGCGUUUCUCCAGCAGCAGCAGCCUGUCGGUGCAUCGCCGCGUCCACACCGGAGAGAAGGCCUUCUGCUGCGACGACUGCGGGAAGAGCUUCAGCGUGGCGGCCAACCUACGGCGCCACAGACUCGUGCACACGGGCCACCGCGCCUUCAGCUGCGAGGUGUGCGGCCGCGGCUUCACGCAGGCCGGACACCUGAAGGUCCACGCCGCUGUGCACAGCGGGGAGUGUGCGUUCAUCUGUAACGCCUGCGGGAAGGGCUUCCAACAGCAUGGCGCCCUGCUAGCACACGAGCGCAGCCACGCGGGCGUGAAACCGUACAGCUGUGGCGAGUGCGGGAAGGCGUUUUCCUCGUCCACGUCACUGAGACGCCACGCGCUGACACACAGCAGGCGGGAAGCGCACGCCUGCCACAAGUGCGAGAAGACCUUCACCAGCGCCCAGAUCCUGAAGACUCACCUGCUUCUGCACGCCGGCCGCAAGGCGUUCGCCUGUGACGUGUGCGGGCGCCGCUAUAGCUCGCUCAGCUACCUGAAGACGCAUCGCCGCGGCCACUCAGAGGAGAGCGCCUUCGGCUGCGCUCAGUGCCAGAAACGCUUCUCCACGCAGGCGAGCGCCAAGCUGCACGAGCGCACGCACAGCGGGGAGAAGCCGUACGUCUGCGAGGUCUGCGGGAAGAGCUUCAGCGUGGCGCAGAACCUCGUCAGGCACACACGGGUUCACAGCGGCGAGAAGCCGUUCGAGUGUGGCGUGUGCGGGAAGAGAUUCAGUCAGAAUAACAACCUCAAGUCUCACCAGCGGGUUCACACGGGGCAGAAACCUUUCGGCUGCACCGCCUGCGGACGCCACUUCAGCUCCAUGAGGAGCGUCAGAGAGCACAAGUGUGUCCCCGCCGAGUAGCGCCCGGAACGUGACAAAAUGCUCUAACACGUUACUUGAAGGUAUCUACAUAAGAGUGACGUGUAGAUAUUGUAGAG